UGCAGAUACUGAAUCGGUAUGGAUUAUGAGAGGUACCUAGGUAUCUAAGAUACAGGUCUGUCCAGGAGGUAGGCAAGGCUAUGUACCUAUGCGGGACAGGUUAGGUACCUAAGGAUAGAAAUUCCAUGGUGUCUAACCCGAAUAGGGAAGGAAAAAAAAUCAGCCAAGGUACACUAGAUGUGGCUUUCAACUAGCAGGUACCUGUAGGGACUUUGAGCUUGCUGCCCCUCGUUCUGACGGCCAGGAUUGCCCCUCGAUAGAGCCCUUCAGGUAGGUAUUUCGCAGGCUCACCGCCCAGAUUCGGCUGUUAUCGAUUCUGCCGCUUUCUCGUGGCCUCUCCGAUCAACGGAAAUACCGAUCAAAAGAAGGGGGGGGAAGAGUACAAACAUAGUAGCAACCAAACCGGCGGAAAUGGUUGAGUGAGAUUGUCGCCAGCAGGGCACACAAAGCACUUUUCUCGCUCCCUCUCCCUCUCUCGCCUCCUCUCUCACUCCCUAUCCAAAGGCCGUCCGGGAAUAUACGCCUGUCUGAGCUACUGAGUGUAGGAAAAAGGUCUGCCAAUUGUCGAUCGCGAGUUAGUAAAGAGAGUCAUCCCCAGUUCCUCGUCCGAGUACUCCACACCAUUGAGAGACGCGGAGAGAAAAAGAGGGAGAAAGAAAGAAAAGAAAAAGGGGGGAGAGGGAAAAGGACAAGCGAGCAACGGAAAACUAGAAACGGAUACCUAGGCGAACAUGGCUGGUUCUUCGCUCGAUAUCAUAGACCAUUCGCCCCAUCAUCCCGACCCGGCUCCUCCUGUCCCCACAGCUUCGAAUCUCGUCCUCAUAGACAACUAUGACUCCUUCACCUGGAACGUGUACCAGUACCUGGUGCUCGAGGGCGCCACCGUCGCCGUGUACCGGAACGACCAGAUCAGCGUCGACGAGCUCGUCGCCAAGAAGCCCACCCAGCUGGUCAUCAGCCCCGGCCCCGGCCAUCCCGCCACCGACUCCGGCAUAAGCCGCGAUGCCAUCAGACACUUUGCCGGGAAGAUCCCGAUACUAGGCGUCUGCAUGGGCCAACAAUGCAUAUUCGACGUCUACGGGGGCGACGUGAGCUCCGCCGGGGAGAUCCUGCACGGCAAGACCUCGCCGUUGACGCACGACGCGAAGGGCGUCUACGCGGGGCUCCCCCAGGGCCUCCCCGUCACGCGGUACCACUCGCUCGCCGGCACCCACGUCACCCUGCCCGAGUCCCUCGAGGUCUCCUCGUGGGUCGCGAAGGACGACGGCUCCAAGGGCGUCAUCAUGGGCGUGCGCCACAAGGAGUACACGGUCGAGGGCGUGCAGUUCCACCCCGAGAGCAUCCUGUCAGCCGACGGCCGCGUCAUGAUCAAGAACUUCCUGCACACCCAGGGGGGCACCUGGGCCGAGAAUGAGCGGCUGCAAAAGGAGCCGGCCUCGCCUAGCGGCGACGCCGAGAAGAAGCCGCUGCCGUCGGCGCCUACCAAGAGCAGCAGCAACAACAUCCUACAACAGAUAUACGCCCGCCGAAAGGUCGCCGUGGCGGCCCAGAAGGAGACCCCGUCGCAGCGGCCGCGCGACCUCCAGGCCGCGUACGAGCUCGGCGCCGCGCCGCCCCAGGUCUCCUUUGUCGACCGCCUGCGGCAGAGCCCCUUCGACGUCGCGCUCAUGGCCGAGAUCAAGCGGGCCUCGCCCUCGAAGGGCGUCUUCGCGCUCGACAUCGACGCGCCCUCGCAGGCGCGGAAGUACGCCCUCGCCGGCGCGAGCGUCAUCUCGGUCCUCACCGAGCCCGACUGGUUCAAGGGCGGCAUCGAGGAUCUCCGCGCGGUGCGCCAAGUGCUCGGCGGCCUGGUCAACCGGCCCGCGGUGCUGCGCAAGGAGUUCGUCUUCGACGAGUACCAGAUCCUGGAGGCGCGGCUCGCCGGCGCCGACACGGUGCUCCUCAUCGUCAAGAUGCUCGACGCCGGCCUGCUCGCGCGCCUGUACCGGUACGCGCAGUCGCUCGGCAUGGAGCCCCUGGUCGAGGUGCAGAACGCCGAGGAGAUGGCGGCCGCCGUCGCGCUCGGCGCCCAGGUCGUCGGCGUCAACAACCGCAACCUCGAGUCGUUCGAGGUCGACCUCGGCACCACCGCCCGCCUGCGCGGCCUCGUGCCCCCCGGCACGCUCAUCUGCGCCCUCAGCGGCAUCAACACCCACGACGACGUCGUCGCGAACCACCGCGACGGCGUCGACGCCGUCCUCGUCGGCGAGGCCAUCAUGCGCGCCCCCGACGCCUCGCAGUUCAUCCGGGAGCUGUGCGCCGGACCGGCCGCGGCCGCCACCCCGCCGCAGCCUCCGCCGCCCGAGCCCCUCCUCGUCAAGAUCUGCGGCACGCGCACCCCCGAGGCGGCCCUCGCCGCCGCCGAGGCGGGCGCCGACAUGAUCGGCAUGAUCUUCGCGCCGGGGCGGCGGCGCACGGUCAGCGACGAGGCCGCGCAGGCCAUCUCGCGGGCGAUCCACGGGUUCGCGCGGCCGACACCCACCGCCACCACCGCCACCGUCCCCACCGCGACGGCGACCGACUUCUUCGCAACCUCGGCGGCGCUGCAGCUCGCGUCGCCGCGCCGGCCCCUCCUCGUCGGCGUGUUCCAGGACCAGCCGCUGGCCGAGAUCCUGCGGCUGCGCGCGCGCCACGCCCUCGACGUGGUGCAGCUGCACGGCGUCGGCGACCCGGCCGAGUGGGCGGCGGCGAUCCCGGGGCCCGUGAUCCGGCGCUUCGCGCUCGCGCCGGCGGCGGCCGACGGCGGCAGCAGCAGCAGCGCCGUCGAGCCCGGCCUCGCCCUGCGCGCGCUCCACGCCGCGCCCCUCCUCGACGCCGGCGCCGGCCACGGCCGCCCCACCGACCCGCGCCGCGUCCGCGCCGCCCUCGCCGCCCACCCCGGCCUCCGCGUCCUGCUCGCCGGCGGCCUCGCCCCCGACACCGUCGCCGCCGCCGUGGCGGCCGCCGGCCCCCGCGGCGCUGUCGUCGGCGUGGACGUGAGCUCCGGCGUCGAGGACGACGGCCCGGCGGAAGACCCCGCCCAGAGCCUCGAGAAGAUCCGCGCGUUCGUCCGCGCUGCUAAGGCUAUCUAGGUAAGGCGGGCAGGAAGGGAUGUGUCUGUAGAUGAUGUGGGUUCUGCAGAGGGCUUAUCUCCUGGUGGUGGACGGGUAAUUGACGUGUGUCGAAGGCUAGGGAACGAGGGGGAACGGGGGGUCAGGGACUGAAAAGUGAGGGAGGAGAGGAAAGGAGGAGGAAAAAGACACUUACGUAUCACUUACUAGGGGAUUGCUAGUCUACAAAAAAUAAAGACACGAGAAUUGCAGAACAGAAGAA